AUGAGUUCAUCUACGAACAAAGUUGGUUCCACUGGUUUGGUAGCACCUCGAAGAUAUUCUACUAUGACUAGUUUGAGGAACGUAACACCUCAGAUGAAAGGAAGUUAUCCCCAAAACCCUUCGUUGAUUCGAAACUUUUCGAACCCUUCAACUCCAAUGUAUCGAAGCAAUAGCACGCAACUAAGUGUUGCAGAAUCUUCAGCACUUGAACUUGGAGUGUCAGAGGGAACUGCUUCACCUCCAGGAACGUUAGAUAGAUAUCCUCGUCCGUCGAUUUUGAACCUUCAAGAUGCAAGCAGUUACCGUACUGAAUCUUUUGAUAGUGCAGCUUCAUCGUUCUCAAAAACCGAUAGAAUUCCUUCUUCUGGCACUGGUAAAUUACCAUUGUUGGGCAAUGAUAUUAUAACAAGUAUUCGUAUACGUCCGGUUGAAACACAAAAUAACAACCUCUGGUCACAUGGAACUGUUUUAAACGAUCCUUACGAGCGGGAGUACAUUCACCAAGAUACAAGCUCUAACUCAUCUUCUCUUCAACAGGAAUACAUGUUUAAUCAUGUCUUCGGUGUGGAAUCCGAUAAUCUUAGUAUAUACAGGAAAUCUGUCGCUUCCGUUGUCCGUAACGUCUUUUCUGGAUAUAACGGCAUUGUAUUUGCUUAUGGUAUGACAGGAACAGGUAAAACUUAUUCGAUGCAAGGAACAGACGAGGAGCCGGGAAUUAUUCCUUUGGGUAUGCGUGACCUAUUUAACAUGGUAGAGUCAAAUGCAGACUCUGACACGUUUCAAAUUCGAAUUUCCUAUCUUGAAAUUUAUAAUGAACGGAUUCGAGAUUUAAUCAGCGAUUCGCACGAGGAGCCAAAGGUUCGUGAGGGUGCUAAUGGUGAAGUUAUUGUCUCACCAAUGACCCGUGUAUUAGUAACUAGCCCGGAAGAAGUAAGCCAAGUUAUCGAGCAGUGCAAUGCUAUUAGAAAAACAGCCGCUACCGAUUACAAUACUUAUAGUUCUCGAUCUCAUGCGAUAUUACAAGUCUUUCUUAUUCGAAACUCAGAAUCAACUCACACUACAAGGACGUCUACGCUCAGUCUUGUUGACUUAGCAGGAAGUGAACGAGCUUCUACUGAUCAUGAACGAAGAAAGGAAGGUGCAUUCAUCAACAAAUCGUUGCUUACAUUAGGAACCGUCAUUUCUCGAUUAUCCACUUCUUUGAAUGGGGGUGCCUCUUCAAACAAUAGUCAUAUACCGUACCGUGAAUCCAAACUUACUCGUUUGCUUCAACAAUCCUUGUCUGGUCAAUCCCAGAUAUCCUUGUUAGCAACUAUCAGUAUCGAGCCCCGUCAUGCGGUUGAAACCACGAAUACCCUAAAAUUUGCUAUGAGAACUCAGAAUUUACCUACUGAAAUUCGACAAGCCGAAGCAUCUACCAACUAUCAAGCCGAAGUAAGUUCCUUACGCGCUGCACUAGCUAAAAGCAACCAAGAACUUGAACUUUGUACCAACGUAAUUAAACAACUUAAAUCUGAUUUGGAAGAAAGAGAUGCUUAUAUUUCAUGGCUUGAAGCUGAGAAAUCGCAUGAAAGCGCUAUUAGUCGUGCUCGGUUGCGCAUGGAAGAAUUACUUUCCGAUCGAAAUAUGGAGAUUGCUGAUUUGAAAGAAGAACUAAGCGACAAGGAAAAAAUCAUUUAUGCACUGAGAUCUUCACAGCAACGACGUGAGCUUGCGGAGUUAAAUCAAUCCAAAAUCCGUUUUCCGAAAUUUCGAGAGUUACCAAAAGGCUAUGUACUCGAAGGAACUGGAAAGGAAAAUAUGAAUUUUUUUGAGAAAAACGACCAAACAACCAGAUACGUUUCUGAUCAGGCUGAAAUGGAUGCACCUGAUGUGGAAACAAUGUCUUUGGAAGCAAUCAAUCCGCAAACUACAGCCAUUUAA